CUAGGUGGUAGCUCUGCACCAGGAUUUCCUCCUCCUAGGUCGUCGAAACAACAAACCGAACUACGGAGCGAGCGGGGUGAGAGAACGUCCGAAACUGCCUCUGACCGCGACUUUUAAACUCUUUUUUAACAGAUUUGUAGCGGGAUUGGGCGAGAGACUGGUUAAGAAUAAUAAAAGUUACGAUUGUGCCCCGACUACAUUUUACAACAAGGUCACAUGCAACCUCCCCCGUCUCACUUUUUGAGAAUAAUCUUAAGUCAGUUGUAAAGUUGACGUUAACCAGAAGAUGUUACAGAAAUGAUAGCAGCACCAGAGAUACCACCAGAGUUCGCCUACCCUCAGGACACAGAUACCAGAUUCUCCUCAGACACAGACUUCUCUGAGGAUCCUGAUGGAAGAAGUGGAACUACAGCUAAAGGAAAGGGUGGGAAGAAAGGGAAGAAGGCGGCAGGGGAGAAAGGCAAAGGUGGAAAGGGAGCAGGCCGCAUAAAUGGCCACCACCAGGAGAAUGGCAUGGAAAACAUGAUGCUGUUCGAGGUGGUGAAAGUGGGCAGGAGUGCAAUGCAGUCUGUUGUUGAUGAGUGGAUUGAGUCCUACAAACAUGACAGAGAUGUUGCACUGCUAGAUCUCAUCAAUUUCUUCAUCCAGUGCUCAGGAUGUAAAGGCGUGGUGUCUGGAGAAAUGUUUCGCAAUAUGCAGAACUCUGAGAUCAUUCGACGAAUGACAGAGGAAUUCGAUGAGGACAGCGGCGACUAUCCUCUCACCAUAGCCGGGCCCCAGUGGAAGAAGUUCAAAACAAGCUUUUGUGAAUUCAUUUCCGUGCUAGUGCGUCAGUGUCAAUACAGUAUCAUCUAUGAUGAGUACAUGAUGGACACGGUCAUUUCCCUCCUCACUGGACUAUCAGAUUCCCAAGUCCGAGCCUUCAGACACACCUCAACGCUGGCAGCCAUGAAGCUGAUGACCGCCCUGGUGAAUGUAGCUCUAAACCUGAGCAUUAACAUGGACAACACCCAGCGCCAGUAUGAAGCAGAGAGAAAUAAAAUAGUUGCUAAAAGAGCAAACGACAGGCUGGAGCUUCUCCUUCAAAAGCGUAAAGAGCUCCAAGAAAAUCAGGACGAAAUCGAGAACAUGAUGAAUGCAAUUUUCAAAGGAGUGUUCGUUCAUCGAUAUCGAGACUCGAUAGCGGAAAUCAGGGCCAUCUGCAUAGAGGAGAUCGGUGUGUGGAUGAAACUGUACAGCGAUGCCUUCCUCAACGACAGCUAUCUGAAGUACGUGGGAUGGACGAUGCAUGAUAAGCAAGGGGAGGUACGUCUGAAGUGUCUGACAGCUCUGCAGGGCCUCUACCACAACAGAGAACUCAAUGCAAGACUGGAGCUCUUCACCAGCCGCUUUAAGGAUCGGAUCGUCUCCAUGACUCUUGAUAAGGAAUAUGAUGUUGCAGUACAAGCGAUUAAACUGCUCACACUAGUCUUAAAUAGUACGGAUGAGGUCUUGACGCCCGAGGACUGCGAGAGCGUCUACCACCUGGUCUACUCGGCACACAGGCCGGUUGCAGUCGCAGCUGGAGAAUUCCUCUACAAGAAAUUGUUCAGUCAGCGAGAACCAGAGGAGGAGGGCGCCCCGAAAAGAAGAGGCCGGCAAAGCCCCAACGCCAAUCUCAUUAAGACCACUGUCUUUUUCUUCCUGGAGAGUGAGCUCCAUGAGCACGCGGCUUACCUGGUGGACUCCCUCUGGGAAUGUGGUGCAGAGCUACUGAAAGACUGGGAGUGUAUGAUCAGCUUACUGCUGGACGACCCCAUGCCAGGAGAGGAAGCUCUUACAGAUAGACAAGAAACAGCUUUGAUUGAAAUCAUGCUGUGCACUGUGCGUCAAGCUGCUGAAUGCCAUCCACCUGUUGGAAGAGGAACAGGCAAGAGGGUAAUGACGGCAAAAGAGAAGAAAACCCAGCUGGACGAUCGGACACGAAUAACGGAGCUGUUCGCCGUGGCUUUGCCACCUCUACUGGCCAAGUACGCUAUCGACGGAGAGAAGGUGACUAACUUGUUACAGCUGCCUCAGUACUUUGACCUGGAGAUUUACACCACAGGACGUCUGGAGAAGCACCUGGAGGCCCUGCUGCGUCAGAUCAAGGAAAUAGUGGAGAAGCACACAGACACUGAAGUUUUGGAGUCGUGCUCCAAGACGUACCACGCCCUCUGCAACGAGGAGUUCACAAUCUUCAACAGGGUAGACAUCGCUCGCUCGCAGCUCCUGGACGAGCUGGUGGACAAGUUCAGCCGGCUACUGGAGGACUUUCUACAAGAGGGUGAAGAUGCGGAUGAAGAUGAUGCUUAUCAGGUUUUGUCGACUCUAAAGAGGAUCACCGCGUUUCACAAUGCACACGACCUGUCAGGGUGGGACCUCUUUACAAGCAACUUCAAGCUGCUCAACACGGGUAUAGAGAAUGGAGACAUGCCUGAGCAGAUAGUCAUCCAUUCGCUGCAGUGCACCCACUACGUCAUUCUGUGGCAGCUGGCUAAGUUGUCUGAGGGCAGUUCAAGAAAGGAUGACAUGGUCAACCUGAGGAAGCAGAUGAGGGCUUUCUGUAUGAUGUGCCAGCGCUACCUCACCAACGUCAACACGGCCGUCAAAGAACAGGCGUUCACCAUCCUGUGUGACCUUCUGCUCAUCUUCAGCCAUCAGAUGGUCUCGGGAGGCAGGGAACACCUGGAGCCUUUGGUUUAUUCGCCAGAGGACUCCUUACAGUCGGAACUGCUGUCUUUCAUCCUGAACCAUGUCUUCAUCGACCAGGACGACGACACAAACAGCACAGAUGGCCAGCAGGACGACGAGGCGGUAAAGAUCGAAGCUCUGCACAAGAGGAGGAACCUCCUGGCUGCCUAUUGUAAGCUCGUCAUCUACUGUGUGGUAGAAAUGAGGACUGGAGCGGACAUCUUCAAGCAGUACAUGAGAUAUUACAACGACUAUGGUGACAUCAUCAAGGAGACCAUGAGCAAGACUCGGCAAAUUGACAAGAUCCAGUGUGCCAAGACGUUGAUUCUUAGUCUGCAGCAGCUGUUUAACGAAAUGCUGUCUGAACUGGGUCACGGGUUCGACCGCUCCUCCUCCUCGUUCUGCGGAAUCAAAGAGUUGGCGCGCCGGUUCUCCCUGACCUUCGGCCUCGACCAAGUGAAGACCCGAGACGCCAUCGCCAUGCUCCACAAGGACGGUAUAGAGUUUGCGUUCAAGGAGCCCAGUCCUCAGGGAGAGGGAGGCCCUCCUCUCAACUUGGCCUUCUUAGACAUCCUCAGCGAGUUCUCCUCCAAGCUGAUGAGACAAGACAAAAGGACUGUCCACAUGUACCUGGAGCGCUUCAUGACGUUCCAGAUGGCUCUGCAGAGGGAGGACUGCUGGCUUCCGCUAAUCUCCUACAGGAACUCGCUGCAGGCGGGCGGCGACGACGACACCAUGUCUGUGAUGAGCGGCUACUCCAGCCGGGGCUCCUCGGUCCGCUCCAAGAAGGUGAAGCCCCCGGCGGCGACGGCCGGAACGUCGGCGGCAAAGAGGAAGCUGCCGGAAGAGGAGAGCAGCAGCGGCGACGUCUGGCAGCAGAGCAUUCAGACCCCCGUCAUGUUGCCUUCCCCUCAUCUCACCUCCACUGCCAUGCGAGACCCCAAGAGGGGGCGGGAUGACAGCUACAUGGGGGUCUACGCGCUCCCCCACGAGCAGCAGGCGCCGCCCCACCCCCACCCGCACCAACAGCACCAUCCACAGACGCCUCAGCACCACCAGACUCCCAUGGAUUACAAUUCCCAGGUGACGUGGAUGCUGACCCAGAGGCAGCAGGAAGAGGCGCGCCAGCAGCAAGAGAGAGCCAUGAACUACGUGAAGCUCAGGACCAAUCUGCAGCACGCCAUCAGUCGGCGCGGCACCGGGCUCAUGGAGGAGGACGAAGAGCCCAUCGUGGAGGACGUGAUGAUGUCAUCGGAGGGGCGGAUGGACGACCUGAACGAAGGCAUGGACUUUGACACCAUGGACAUCGAUCUGCCGCCGUCUAAGAACCGCCGCGAGAGGUCUGAGCUGAAGCCGGACUACUUUGACCCCGCUUCUAUCAUGGAUGAAUCGGUCCUCGGGGUGUCCAUGUUUUAAGCUAAACUCCAGAGGAUUCGUGACGCUGGGAUUGCAGAAGAGACGCUUUGUAUUUAAAGAGAAUUAUUAGAUGCGAAAACAGAAGUGUUUUCUGUAAGAUAAAAUAAAAAUAAUGGAAAAAAAAAAGAAACAAAACAAAACACACACACACACACACACAAAAAAAGAAAAUACAAACACAUUCUGGCUUGUACUCCACGUGGACCAAUGACAACCCACACUCAGUGUUGCUUGCUCAGAGAGGACUUUGUUUCAGAAUCUUUUACUUUUAUAAUCUCGGGUGAGCUCUUCCUGUUCGAAGAUAAUGUUAAACAGGCCACUUCCAAAACUUAGUAGAAAGCAAGACAUGUCUGAAGAGGAAAAAAAAAAUCAAUAGCUUUUCUUCCUCCUUUUGUUCCUUUCCUUUUUUUUUUUAAACAUGGGGAUGAAUUGGUGUGUUUAACUUAAGAAACCUUUUUUUUUUUAUGUCUAACCCUUUUUACAAUUGUAGUAAGUUACCAGGUGUGAAGUAGUAAUUUAUAAACAGACUGUAGUAGCUUGCUUGUACUGUGUUAGCCAAGUGGAUGGAGGUUCUUUCUGUUUGUGUUUUUCUUCCUCUCCCCCCCCUUCCUCUAUUUGUUUCUAAGUUUAUUUUCCUCUAUCUCUUCAGUUUUCGUUUGUUCCCUCUCCCCGUUGUUGGGUCUGAGUUGAGGUCCUGAUAACCACUGGUGGUUAAAGAUGUCGAGACGUCGCAUAGAAUCAGUUUAGAUCCCUUUCAUGCUGUGAAGAUUCCCGUACUCCCGAGUUCCAGACUCCCUGUUAAACAAUCAGAGGUUUUGCUCGCUCCUUAGGAAAAUGGAAAAAUCUGCCCUCCCCUCUUGAAGAAAGAGUAGUGUCGCUGUGGAAGGGUAGCUCAAAGAAAACACCCCCCGCCCCAAACCUCUUGGGGUUUUUUUUUUUUUCUUAACUAAAUUCUCACAGCAUAAUGUUUAAAAUGGGUAUCUCCGCAUUUUAAAUAUGUUAUAUAUGAAUUGGUGCUGAUUUUAUAUAUGUGCUUUUGUUUUUAUUUUCUUUUUUUCCCAAAUCUUAAGCCCGAAAGUUUGAGAAAUGUAAGUAAGUAAAACUAAAAAGAAAAAAAAAAAGAAAAAAGAAAAGAAAGCAUGUGAAGCCAUGCGUCAAGGAAGAUUUUUAAAUUUGUAUUUUUAAGUUCCUAUAUAUUUUUUUUUCCUUUCUUCUUUGUCUUGAUACCGUCUUUGAAUUUCUACCUUUUUUCCUACGUGUAAAUUAGUUUGGAUAUAACUAAUGAAAAAGAACUUGUGAAAUUGAGCUUUUAAGGUUUUUUCUCAGCAUUGAAAAGAGUCCUGUCACAAAUGAUGAUGAUGAUAAUAAUUGAGAAAAAAAUGAUGCUUCUAGAUUUCAAAUGUCUCAACCUGUAAGGCAGUCACUCAGACAGUACUGAACUCCGACGUUAUUCAGCAGCGCUGUGGCAGCUAGACAAAAAAGCUUAGAUUUUGACAUAUAUUUGUCAACACGAGUUUCAAUGAAAUGUUUUGUCUACUGAGGUCGUUUAUUUUGUAGUCAUUCCAUGCUUAAGCCUUAAAAAAGAAAAAAACAACAACAUGCUCGUGGAGGUCACCUUCUCUCACAGUAAUCUUCCAUGUCCGAGGUGGAUAAAUUGGCUCUUAGAACAUGAACUAUGAGGUGGUCGGAUGUAAUGUGAUAAAGUAGAUAAACAGCCUAUACGUGUUUUUGCCUAAUUAUUUUAUGUAAGUAAAAAACAAAACUCUUUUAAGGAAACAAAAAAAAAAAGUACUGUUUAUUGUUUGUUACUUACCACUACAUCGGUAUAAAUCCUUAUUAGAUCAUGUGUACAUAUACAAAAUUUAAUUUCUCUCCUUGCUUUUUGGACAUUUCUGUUUUAUUCUCCUGCACUCUUGCCUACAGUCUUGAGUUAUUGUCUAUUAUCCCAUCCUCCUUUUCAGUCACUCUCGUUUUUGUUUUGUUUUUUUUUUCUGAUUUGUACUUGUCUGGAGACAGUAACUUUUGAAUAAAAAUCAACACAUUU